AUGUCUGAAGUGUUUUGUUUGAAAGAAUACCAAUUUAUAGUGGACAAUUACACUAAACUCAAAUAUCUCGAGCCGUUGAUCACGAAAAUUGAACUUGUCAAAAGUGAUCACUCUAGUUCUCAUCUCAAGGUGACCUGGAUAGAGCAGGUGUCAGAAAGAGUAUUUGUCGAUCACGAAGGGUGGUAUGUGAAUCCUUCUGAAAAAUACCCAACGUUUGAAGCGUUAGCCAUGAAAAGAAGUGGCGGGUAUCACGUCAAGUGGGGUGAAGCUUUAACCGAAAGGUUGAAUGAGUUAGAUCAACUUGAAAGCGAUUGA